AUGCAUCGCCGCCCAACCUACCGGCACCCAGUCUUCAGCAUGCGUUUCUUCGACCCCUCCAGUCUCAUGUUUCUUGCCACAGCCCUGCAGUAUGUCUCCGCGGUUGGCGUGACUCCGAGUCUCCCUCUUCCAUUGGCCGAGGCAUCGGAAAAGGCCAGCAACUUUGUUUCUAAACUUAACACUUCCGAGAAAGUCGGCCUCGUCACAGGAGCUAGUGGCUCCCCACUUCUACCUUGUGUGGGCACGAUUGCGGCAAUUGAACGUCUCGGUUUCGAUGGCCUAUGUUUUAGCGACGGCCCAGCUGGGGUAGCUCGCUCCGAUGGUGUCAGCGUCUUUGCCUCUGGGAUCACUGUGGCGGCGACAUGGGACAGACGCCUCAUGUACGAACGCGGAUUGGCUCUUGGACAAGAAUUCAGGGCGAAAGGCUCGCACGUGCAUCUUGGACCUACAGCGGGGCCCAUGGGCCGCCAUGCUCAAGGUGGGCGGAACUGGGAGGGCUUUGGGCCGGACCCGUAUCUGGCUGGUGUCGCCAUGAACGAGUCUGUUUCCGGUAUUCAAGCAGCCGGUGUUCAGGCUGCCUCUAAGCAUUAUAUCUGCAACGAGCAAGAGACGCAACGUGUCCCUAGUACUCGUAAGGAUGGAACUGUGAUCGAAGCAAUUUCCGCCAACAUUGACGACCGAACACUUCACGAACUUUAUGUUUGGCCGUUCGCCAAUGCCGUUCAUGCAGGAACAGCGUCUGUCAUGUGUGGCUAUAAUCGCGUCAAUGGGAGCUACUCAUGUGCAAACUCAGAAAUUCUGCGCAAUAUCCUCAAGAAUGAGUUGGCUUUCCCCGGAUACGUUGUAUCUGACUGGGGUGCUACACACUCGACAGAAGACACUGCAAAUGCAGGGUUAGACAUGGAGAUGCCAGGAAACCAGACCGUGAGCGGCGUGUAUUACUUCGGCGAUUCGCUCAUUAAGGCUAUUGAUGAGGGUCGUGUGUCAGCGGACCGUCUCGACGACAUGGCAAAAAGAGUUAUGGUACCAUAUUUUCGGCUCGGUCAAGACGUGGAUUUUCCCACUCCUGACCCUGCCAGCGGGGCUUCGUUCCUCACCUAUACGUACGGCCAUGGCUCGCCUUGGUCUAGCCUCUAUCCCGAGGUCCCGGCACGCGAUGUUCGUGGCAAUCAUGCGCAAGGUAUCCGUGAAUUGGGUGCUGCGGGCACAGUGUUGCUCAAGAAUGUGAACGGAGCACUCCCCUUGACAAAUGAGACGAGCUUUGCAGUCUUCGGAAACGAUGCCCCUGAUCCAACGCUCGGCUCAGUGUAUCUCGUCUAUGGCGAUGAUGCGGUUGGUAACAAAAUGGGCACCCUUGACAUAGGCGGCGGAUCUGGCACGGUUCGACAUACCAACCUCGUGAGCCCGCUCGAAGCCUUACGGGAAAAGAUAAACUUCAUCGGUGGCCGGGUACAAUGGCUCUUUGACAAUGAUGAGAUUGCGGACGGACGCUUCCGGUCGAUUUAUCCAGUACCCCAAGUCUGCUUACUAUUCUUGAAGGCUUUCGCAACAGAAGGGAUUGAUAGAGCGGAUAUUGACUUCCAGUGGAACGCUACCAUGGCAGUAGAAAGCACCGCAGCGCUGUGCCCGAACACCAUUGUCGUUACACAUGGCCCCGGAGUGGCACUCAUGCCCUGGGCUGACAAUGAGAACGUGACGGCGAUUUUAGCAGCACACUACCCUGGGGAAGAGACUGGAAACUCCAUUGCCGAUGUUCUCUGGGGCAUUAUCGAGCCCUCCGGUCGGCUCCCCUACACCGUUCCUAAAGCCGCUUCAGACUAUGGUCCAUCACUCGUUGAGUUGCCAGGAACUAUCACAGAUCCGAAUGCAUGGCAGGCUGAUUUUGUCGAGGGUCAGAUGAUUGAUUAUCGACAUUUUGACGCAAAUGUUGGCUUGGAGCCACUGUACGAGUUCGGUUUCGGACUUUCUUACACCAAUUUCGACAUGGGACAGACUCUCAAUGUCGAGCUAAUUGGAGGCCCAUUGAAGCCAGUCGCUGACCAUUCCAAAGGUAUCGCACCGGGUGGGCUGAUAGACUUAUGGUCUACCGUGGCUGUAGUAACGGUGAACGUGACGAACUCAGGCCACCGGGCGGGCUUUGCUGUGCCGCAACUCUACAUGUCUCUUCCCCAGGAUACUACUCCUGCAGGCACGCCACCGAAGGUCUUACGGGGGUUUGAAAAAGUACUUCUUGAGGCGAGUGAGAUGCGGGAGCUUUAG